AUCGAGCGUUUGUGAACCACGGGCAAGGAUCGAGGCCUCCACUGCUGUUAUGAGCUUAUGAUACCACUGGCUCUCGUCAAGCAGGGCAAUAAGCUGCGGUAUCUGAGGACUGACGGGGCUCUCUUGCAAGGCUAGAUUAAUGUAGAGUGUUGUGCAUAUCGCGAUGCUCUUUGGCUCUUGGGGGUGGUUUCCCUCGCCUUCAACACCCACCUGCCGCCGCAUGGUCACAAAUAUCUAUGGAAGGAAGCCUGGGGCCAACAAAGGCAGUAUUCACCCCCAUUUCCCGGGGUUCUCUGGGAUUUCUACAUGAUACUAUAUCUGUGCUCUAGUGCUAUGCUACGGUAUACGGUACUCGCACCUUGACUCGAGCCCCGGCUGACACGAUCGAUUGGGACCCAUGCCUCCACCCAACUUCAAGGCAUGCUUUCACCGGCACCGGCCGAGAUAAUCCAGGACAGCCCCAUGAAAUACAGGGAAAAUCGGAAUUAUUCGAUAAUUACCUGGUUUUUGGUAUGAUGCUGGUAUUCGGUGCCAUAGCUAUUUUGUCCAGCUCUUUUCUCUGCACUUUGCCUUAUCGUUUCACGCUUCAAGAGUACCCGGACACUCGAGCAUCGUAGGAUCCGCUGCUGUUGUUGACAAGUUGGGAUUCGGCGGCUCCAUCUCAGCCUCACACGUCAUGUCGACACCCUUUCACCCGCCAAUCCAACUUCAAGUACGGUACCGGUCUGCUCGUAGGGUCCCAACUGAUCCAAGUUCUCCCACCAGAGCGACUUUUGAAGCAUAAUACUUGAGCACAAGGAAUUUACAAUGUGAUACGGUGAGGCUUAGGCGUGCGCACUCACGUCUCCAUGAUACUAUUCUAGAAUAGCCCGCAUGUCAUAAUAUGUACGAGUACAAUGAUCUUAUCUUUCACUCUAUUCGCAACGUUCCACUCCCCUUUCCUGCUCACUUCCCGCUGCUUCUGGUCCCUUCGAAGGUGUCUCACCCAGCCAUUCAAAAGGUACUACUUGACAGGCCCAUCCUUAACCCUCCUCAUUGACUCUAUGACGGAUAAACCACUCCCAGUCCCUCUUCGAGUGAGUGAGAACACUCCUAGGUCAGUAAAAAUGCCCCCGCUCGCGAGGAGAAUACUCAUAACAGCUGCAAUCGAUGGCCUCAUCCUAUCUCCUGUUCAAAACUCCUACAAUAUGCGGCCUUCACCGCUGCACGGCUCAGUGAGAAUUGAUUACGGGUCCAAACUCAUAACCCCUUACAAUCCGACCCAAGAAUCUCAGGCCGCAGAGGCUCUUAGCACUUUGUCUUCUUCUAUAGAGACACAUGGAAUCGCGGGUUCGUGCUAAUCAACGCCUCUGAUCCACUCUAUAGCAAGGGCUAACCAAAUUUCCCCAUGUGGAUGGGUGAUGGGUAGGGUUAAUGAAUGUAUCUCCAGCCAGUGGCUUCCUAAUUGCGAUAACAAAUCGUGAGCAAGUGGCUACUAUCCGGGGACGUUACCCAGUCUACGUGGUCACUGAUGUUGCACUGAUCCCGCUCUCUUCCCGUAGGGACGCGGAAGCCGCUAUAUUCAAGGCUCGGGCUAGGAAGUUUGGAGUAGGCGAGGCAGAAUCGGACGGGGCGACGGAUACCGACAUUGGGGAAAACGACGAUACGGCUGUCAUUGACGACGAGCUUCAAGACCAUGUCAAACCGGAUUCGAAAUCCAUGAAUCACAGGCGGCAGAGCUCAAUCGGCGAAGAUGUAAUCGGAAGGAAGGGAGUUUAUGGACGUUUUGCCGAGAAAUGGUUCUCUAAGAGGGGGUGGGCUAUGGACCGGAGAAGAGCUGAGGGUCUUAGCAGUGAUGAAGGCACUCGAGAGGAAGCACCUAGAGCCGUAACAGGAGACACCGCAAGUGCCCCCGGCGAAGAAAUAAUAGUUACAAAGAAGCCCGAGAACCAGCCUGCCCCUGGCACCGCAGAAGUUGAUGCUAUCAGUGUCCCUGCAAAUGUUCCCGAGGGUAGCAAGCGCGAAAACGGCACCGUAAAGGAGACAGAGGAGAAUAUUGAGACUAUGGGGGGAGAGGUAGCUCACAGCCUUACUCCUAAGUUACUAUACACCACCCGAAUCCUGCUGGCAUCUUCAAGAAGCUUCUUCUUUAGCUACGACUGGGAUAUCACAAGAACGUGGAGUAAGGAGAGGAAGAGCCGGGGCUCAAGCUUGCCCCUGCACGAAUUUGUUGAUCCCCUGGUGUGUGCCACUCACUCCUAAAUAUCCUUGCCUUGCACAUGUGCAAUAUUGUGUUGUGCACACUAGUGGUUUUCAUGGUGUCAAGUUGGUCACUUUGGCUCAUAUUUCCUUAUUUUGCUGUGUAGUUUUUCUGGAACCGUGCCUUGCAGAGCCCGUUUCUUGAGUCUGGAAAUGGCACAUUUGUCCUUCCCUUGAUGCAAGGAUUUGUUGGGCAAUUCCAAUUCUCCACAACAGUGCCCUCAGGUUCCAAGUUAUGGCCGCCUACCGAGUCCGGCAAACAAAAAGCCACAAAAGUAUCACAUGAAGAUGGAAAGCAACGCCUUCUUGUGACCCUUAUUUCCCGUCGCUCUGUUAAGCGGGCCGGCCUUCGUUACCUUCGCCGCGGGGUCGACGACACCGGUGACGUCGCCAACUGUGUAGAAACUGAACAAAUACUUUCUGACCCGAAUUGGAAUCGCAUUUUCUCUCAUGUGCAACUUAGAGGUUCCAUUCCACUUUACUUUCAACAAUCCCCGUAUGCCUUGAGGCCCAAGCCAGUGCUGCUUCGUAGUGAGGCUGCAAACGCGGAAGCCUUCCAACGACAUUUCAAAAACAUCAAGGAGAGAUAUGGCGAUAUACACGUAGUGAGCCUGGUCGAGAAACGUGGUAAUGAAGCAAUCAUUGGAGAAAAAUUCCAAAGUUCAUUCGAGAACUUGCCCAAUGCCAACAAAGGAGUUGGGUUUAAUUGGUUUGAUUUCCACCGGGAAUGCCGAGGGAUGAGAUUCGAAAAUGUCAAGCUUCUAUUCGAUGAGAUUGGGGAAACAUUGGAUAAGUUCGAGUACACCGAGGAAAUUCAGGAGAACGAGAAGCCAAAGAGAGUUAGGAAUCAGUCAGGCGUACUAAGAACGAACUGCAUGGACUGUCUCGACAGAACUAACGUUGUGCAAUCCUUCUGUGCUCGCAACUCAUUAGACAAACAGCUGAUAUCUCUCGGGAUAACCUCGAUGUCUGUGGAAGAAGAGACAGAAACAUCGACAGGCUUUAAUAACCUAUGGGCUGACAAUGGCGAUGCUCUAUCAAAGCAAUACGCGUCAACAGCGGCACUCAAGGGCGACUUCACACGCACCCGGAAACGCAACUACCGCGGGGCCCUUACAGAUUUUGGAUUAACCCUCACCCGCUUCUUCACAAAUGUGGUAUCCGACUUCUUCACCCAGGCGGCCAUUGAUUUCCUGCUUGGGAACGUCACAUCUAAGGUUUUUGAAGAAUUUGAGGAGGAAAUGAUCACUGCGGACCCAGCAGUAUCCAUGAAGAAAGUUCGCGAGAAUGCAGUCGAGAUUAGCGCUAGAAUCGUUGUAGAGGAUGAGAACGAGGUCGUACUCGGGGGCUGGGCAUUCCUGACGCCCUUAGGUGAAGGCAGCAGACGCAACCCCCCCCUCCAAGAGGCCGUAAUCCUAGUUACAGACAGAGCACUCUAUAGAUGUAGGUUUGAAUUUGGAGUGGAAAAGGUCAGCGAGUUUGAAAGGAUUGAAUUAGAAGACGUCGUCGGCGUUCAAUGGGGCAAUACCCCCCCCCUCUUCUCUCUCGGCAUAAGAACAAAAACUGACCGAAACCUUAGGAACAUACAUAACCUCAACCCUCACCCCUUCCAGCACCGACGAAAGACGCAACGUCGGCUUCCUUCUAAGAUACCGCCCCCCACGUACUGGAGAACUCGUCCGGGUGAACACCCGCUCUCUGAAGAGCACCUUCGCGAAGCCCAUGGGAGAAUAUCGCGACCAUGGCGACUCGGACACCUACUCGGAAGCUGUGGCAACUGCCACUUCCUCGUCCUCCGCAACUCGCAUAAUGGCAUUCAAGGCGCCCGCUGACGGCGAGAACAACGAGGUGGAUCUCGUGAGGGGUGUCUGCCAGGAGAUUGCUAAUGCGUGUGCAAAGUGUAGACCUGCCCUUGCCAUGGAAACGUUUGUGGAGAACAAGGACGUUAUUGGAUUGGCAGAGGCGAGGAAGAGCACGGGGUUGUUGGAGCAAUGGGGGUACAAUCUGAGGAAGUUGGUGUGGGCUUGAUUGAGCGAGUAGAGCAAAUAGGUGAGUAAGAGAGCUAGAUAACUUACAGUACACAUGUGUUUCUUUUCUCAUCUUUAUUCUCCUUUCCCCCUUCCCUCUCUAAUGAUGAAGGCCACGUUUACAUUGCGAUGGUGUUUGGAAACCAAAGGAGAAGGGGGUGACGAGGAGAGAGAAAGAAAGGGCGCUUCUGUUUUGUUUGCGGAGCUCUGAUAUAAUAGUCUCGAGUGAUUGCCCAUGAGGAUGUACGAAAAUUCCCAAGAUGCCAUCCCUGUGCCAUGACUUAACCAGCCCCCCACCCCGUGCCUGUCCUUCCCCCGCUCAUGCCCGUAAAAUCUU